AUGAUUGACCGUUUCAGCAGAUGGCCGGAAGCUAUACCUCUACAAGAGAUGAGUGCAGAAACAGUCGCAGCUGCAUUUUACAACCGUUGGGUUUCCCGAUUCGGCUCACCAAUCAAAAUCACGACCGACCAAGGUACUCAAUUUGAGUCUGCCCUUUUCUCAGCGCUCAUGAAGUUGAUUGGCACCACGAGGGUAAGAACUGCACCUUAUCACCCUGCUUCAAACGGACUAGUGGAACGAUGGCAUCGCUCUUUGAAGACCGCUCUGAUGUGCCACGAGAAGACAAAUUGGGUAGACGCACUUCCAACAGUACUAAUGGGACUUCGAACAACCUACAAAGAAGACAUUAAAGCGUCCGCAGCCGAAAUGCUCUAUGGAACGAGUUUAACCAUACCUGGUGAGUUCUUUGUUAACCAAGACACUUUCUCUGACCCACAGAUAUUCGUUCAAAAACAUCGAGAGGUCAUGCGCAAGUUUCGUGCAUCUACGACAUCAAAUCAUGCCACCAACACAAAAUUGUUCGUUUCACCUGACCUGUACAAAUCUUCACAUGUUUUUCUUCGACGCGAUUGCGUUACAAAAGCCAUUGGAACAACCAUACUCUGGUCCUCAUCCUAUGGACGGAUUUUAAAUGUAUCAACAGAACGUCUAAAACCAGCAUACAUCUCACUCGGAAACAGCACAGCCCGAGAACCAAGUCUUCCAACAUCAAGCGAUCAUCGUCAAACACCGAGUCAAGUCGAAUUAAACCAGCUUUCCACAACAAAGAUUCGGUCAAUUUUAAAGAAAAAUGAAAAAAAUCUACAAAUCAAAACAGAUGUUCAGCAUCGAGUUAAAUUUGACAACUAA